AAUUCAUGCGACCCUUGCAGCUUGUGCAUCAAUAAGCUAAUCAAGCACUUGUGAAGAAGCUUAGAUACACAGUUUUAAUAUUUCUGAAAUUAAAAUGAGUGUUAAGGUUGGAGAAGGAGAAUUCAUUGUGAGUGUGAGCAAGGAGGAGGUGGUGGUACCAGAGAUUCCAAUGCAUGAGCACUGGCUGCCACUAUCUAACCUUGAUCUACUCAUUCCCCCAAUGGAUGUUAGUGUAUUCUUCUGCUACAAAAAACCUUUGCCUGAAAAAUAUUAUUGCUUCGGAACCAUGGUGGGGUCACUGAAAAAUGCCCUAGCACAGGCACUGGUUUACUAUUACCCUUUUGCAGGUGAAAUGGUGGCCAACACCAUGGGUGAGCCUGAGCUCUUUUGCAGUAAUCGUGGGGCGGAUUUUGUUGAAGCUGUGGCAGAGGUUGAACUCCAGUGCCUCAACUUGUACAACCCUGAUGACACUGUUCAAGGGAAGUUUGUACCAAGGAAGAAGCAUGGUUUGCUUGCUGUUCAGGCAACUGAGCUUAAGUGUGGGAGUUUAGUAGUGGCAUGCACUUUCGACCAUCGCAUAGCAGAUGCCUACUCUGCAAACAUGUUCCUGGUGUCAUGGGCCGAGAUAGCCCAGUCCAACAAGCCCAUAAUAUCAAUCCAGCCCUCUUUUGCUCGGUCCCUUUUCAUCCCACGAAAUCCACCUUCCUUCCAUUCUUCACUUCACGACUUGUACGUCUCCAUCUCGGCGUCACCUCGACCGUCAGAUCCAAAACCCGAGUUCCAAUCUGAGCCACUCAUUAACCGCAUAUACUACGUCACAGGUGAAAACCUCAACCUUAUGCAGAAACUGGCAAGCUCAAACGGUGUGAAGCGCACAAAGCUCGAGUCUUUCUCUGCUUUCUUGUGGAAGAUGGUUGCUGAAGCUGCAGCGGCUAAGGUUAAGGGUAAGAAAAACCUCGUUGCGAAGAUGGGUGUUGUGGUUGAUGGAAGGAAGAGGUUAAGUAACGGUGACAAGAACAAAGAAGCAAUCAUGGGUUCGUAUUUUGGUAACGUAGUUUCUAUUCCCUAUGGUGGGAAACCGGUGGAGGAGCUUAUGGAAAAGCCAUUGAGUUGGGUGGCGGAGAAAGUUCAUGAGUUUUUGGAGAUUGGUCUGACAGAAGAGCAUUUUUUGGGACUUGUUGAUUGGGUUGAGGUACAUCGACCAGCUCCUGGUUUGUCUAGGAUUUAUUGUGGGCAUGGCAAGGAAGAAGGACCAAGUUUUGUGGUUUCUUCUGGUCAAAGGUUUCCGGAGUCAAAGGUUGAUUUUGGGUGGGGGAAGCCCGUGUUUGCAUCGUACCAUUUUCCUUGGGGUGGAGAUUCUGGCUAUGUCAUGCCAAUGCCUUCUUCUACUGGGAAUGGUGAUUGGUUGGUCUACAUGCACCUUCUCGAGGCUCAUUUGAAUUUCAUGGAGGUUAGGGCUCCUCAAAUUUUUUGGCCAUUCUCUCGGGAUUAUCAUUUCAAUCGUCAUUGACUUUGCUUGUUUAUUUGUGUUGUUCUUCAUCGGUCAUGCAACUUGUUGAUUUGUAUUACGGGAAAUCAUUUCUAGUGUGAAUUUUAUGCAUACAAAUAGUAUGAAGUGGUGUGACGCUAGCUAGUAUUUAUUUUUGCAUGUAUUUGUGGAAUUGUGGCCAUUGCAGUAUAUGUAUCUAUUCUAUCAUCCAAUAAUUAAUUCCAAAUUCAUUUUUGUCAUUUUUGUA